CAGAUGCCUGCGGCCUGUCCGAUGCAGCCCACAUCGAAUGCUUGCAAGAAAAAUCACAGUGCGCACUCGAGGAAUAUGUCCGAAGUCAGUACCCAAAUCAGCCGAACCGAUUCGGUAAACUUUUGCUUCGUCUACCCUCACUGCGUACAGUCAGUUCAGCAGUGAUCGAGCAGCUCUUCUUUGUCCGACUUGUGGGGAAGACACCUAUAGAAACUUUAAUUCGUGAUAUGCUUCUUUCUGGGGGAUCUUUCAACUGGCCGUAUAUGACAAUGCAGUGAAUACUGUAGCUGAUGGGAAAUACACUGGAUUGUUUUUAGAAUAUUAGACUGAAAUAACAGCCGUUGAAAUGAGGUUAAGCGGUUUACAGAGAGCAGCUGUUUGUUUGAUACGACACCAAAUUUAUUUUCAUAUUCGUGUUAUAGCGAGUAACCGCUGAAAGACUACCAUAAAUAAUUGAGUACAGUAGAUUCCGGGUCCACAAAUAAAGGACUGUAUUUCAGAUUCAAAGGUCGUUAAUGAAGAUUUAGUUUUUACGGCGGCCUUUACGUUCCAGUCUGACUGAAAUAUUCAUGCUUACUACAACAAUCUGAAGUAUUGGAGUAGCUGAAGCCUAUAAAAAUCAUUCGCAGAGCGAAUAGUACUGUAUUCCAAAGAGUUCUUUGAUUGUGAUAAGUGUUGAGUUGUGAAGCAAUGUGUUUCUCCGCCUUGAACUACUUGAUCUGAACAUGCGCAUUGUGCAAUACACAACAAAAUUCAACUUAUUCGUUUGACGCGCGAAUAUGAAAGUGUGCGCACAGCAGCAGAACUCGUGGGAUUUUGUUACUGAAAUAAAAGUUACGGUGAGCGAGAUAGGGAAGUGUUCACCGCUUUCUCACAUCAAAUUCUGUUGAAAAAAACUAUAAAGGAUUAGACAGUUUAUAUGUAUGCUGGUAGAACUUUGUAAAAUGCCUAUGCGUUUUUACACGGGAUUUUCCUGAUGGUUAUUGAGAACGCACUCGAACCCUAACUUUAUUGAUAGGCAAAUACCGGUUAUACACUGCGAAAAGAUUAAUGAAUCGGGACAGGGAAGUAAAAUCUCGCUUUAUUCAACAUUUAUAAUUAGAUUAAGAAUUUAAGACAGGAAGAAAUUGUGUACCUAAAUUCAAUAAUUUUUGUUUCUAAUGUGAAAUGUUUUAAGAGAUUUGAAUUUUGAAGUUUUGAAUGUGAAUUGAGAAAAAUCUUAGGCUAUUUAAUAUUCAUAUUCAAAACCUGGAUUCACAAAAUUAGCUUCGUUGUGACUGAAUCACAGUGUCUAUAAAAACUAAGAGUUGUAAAGUGGUGCUUUUAGUCAAACUAGAUGUAUUUCCACCCUAAAUAUUAAGGUGAAUCAUAAAGUGUACACAUUUUUGUAAAGACGAAAAUUGGUGUUAAUUACCGUAAAAUUAUUAGUAAGAAACCUUGAAACUUGUUUGUAUUCGAUGUGUUAUAAUAACGUCGGAAUAUUAAGAAAGCCAAGUACCGUAGUUGGUGUAACGACUUAGGGUCAACAUUUCGCAGGGUACCCUUUUCAUCGGUAAAAAAACCUAUGUUGAAACUUGAAGACCAAAAUUUAGCUUUGUAUCCUUCCCACUGUUAAUGGCAAAUGUUUAAAAAAAAAAGUACUGUGUGUGACUAUUAGAGACUAGUUGGUUGGUUGCAACGGCCUAGCCUGACCGAUGGCCUGGCUGGUCAUGGUUCCUGGAGAUGCACAGGGUACCGGUCUCGGGUGUUUAGGCCCGACCUGGUUAAACAGUAUGCCUGAUUGUUGGUUAUAUAUGCAUUCCUGUAGUUAAAACCACUGCAUUGAAAACACUCUUCAAUUUUCUAGCUAAUUUGUAUUUGUUUUGGGUAAAACAUUUAGUUUUUGCUGCAUUUUUGUUUGGAUUUUUAGUUAUUAGUCGGAUGAAAUCUGAAUACUCUUUAUUUAUAUUCCAAACUAUCGAAUUCAGACGGUUUUAGUCAGUAGAACUUGUCUCAUAUAAUAUAUUGAUAUAUAUGAUUUGUUGGAUACAUAUAUCUAUAUAUUAUAUUAGAGCAUGUUUUUGCAUGAUAUAUUGGGUUCCAAAUUCUCUAUUGAACAAUUCUAUUGAAUCAUAAAAUAGUAAAUACUGUACAGUCGUUUAUUCAUUACUAUUUGAGGGAAAUCCCCAAUUACGUACCUGUUACUGCUCAUCAGUUACAACAUAGUAAUUUUAUUCCUUCCUGGUAUGAAGACCAUUAAAUUGUAAAUUAGUUUCCUAGAAUAAUAAUAAUAAUUAAUUAUAGGCCUAAUAGUUUUUUAAAAGAUUUUAACUGAAAAACACGAUAAGUCUAUAUCAUGAAUUAGCUGACAUACUUAAUUUCUAGCGAAGUGAGUAUAGGAUAAUUAUUGCAAUUGAGACUUAUACCGCUGUUAACUUGUAAAUUAUCAUUCAUUUGGUAUAUUCAAAUAUAUUUGUAAAUUAAGAUCUAAAUGUAAGCCAAGUUUUCCACGGGAUCAUAUAUCUUAUUGAUUUUUUUUUAUUGAUCUCAAAAUUGUUUGUUUAUUUUUUUUCUCUAUACGUUAAGCCUACAACGUUUUGCAAAUGUUUUAAUGUGUUUAUACUUUUUGGUGUGUUUGUUUCUUUAAAAAACAUAAUAUGUUGUUCAUAUAAAACCGUUUGAUUGACCCCCAACCAACAAGCCCGCGAUGCCGAAUCUUGUACAUAGCCAAUGUAAAAAGGGAUGAGGACGUUGUAAAGAUACGUAGAUUUUGCAGGAAAAUGCCUGAAGUGUGUUUCUCUGUGCCCCUCUAUGCCUGGUGAAACCAGAAAAAAUCGAUAUAUAAUAGUUUGAUUUUUAUAAUGUAGUUUGCAAACAAGUGCUGUAUUAGAUCUCCCGCCAAAGCAGUGUGUGCAUCAGAGCUUAAUAAAGAGCUUUCAAUGUGUUAUAUUUGUAUCUUUGGGAAACAAUAAAUGAAGUAUUAAAUAAAUGGUAAACCUGACUAAAUUCUGCAUAGACCUUAUGGUUCAAAGUAGGUAGGGCCUUCCGUUUCGAAAUGUUUUCUUCGUUGCGAUGACUUUAGAUAUACCUAUAAAAAUAGUGGUGUAAAUAAUGCAUAGAGUGCCUAUAGUAACUUCACUCAGACGAUGUAAGAUUUUCUCCAAUAAGGUAAAUGCAAAAUGUUUAAGCUUGAUUUUGUAGAAUGUUACUCUCCAACAUAAGGCCUACUAGAGAAAAUGACUGACAAGCUGUUGCUUAGCGCGGCACGUACUGUACGGCUACAAUGGCUUGUAACUCAUCAGCGUUGUUUGAAAUCAAACUUGUUUUGGAGGGUGGACGAAUUCUUGGAGAUAUGUUCGUGUUGUAAUUGAUGUGUCGCUGUAAAAAAAAAAACCUUUCUUUUUACAUCGUCGGUGUAAUUUUUCCAAAGGCCAAGUACAGUAUGUCCACGUAAGCCAGGCAGGCCCAUAUAAGCCACGCAGGCCCACGUAAUCUAUGCAUACACAUGCCACCCAAGCCCUCCUUUCCGCCGGGAACCAAUAUAAUCUUGAGAUGUCAAAAUUAUACCGAUAUUAGAACAUUUAGCAUUAUAUUACUUGCUUUGUUCAUAUCAAAUUAAAAUUAAUCCUAAUAAAUAUACUGUUAUGGACUGGUCAAGUUGAUUACCAGACAUUAACCUGAUACGGUAGCUCUCUAGAUAACACAACAUUGAUUGGUCAGUUUGUAAAGAGUAAAAUUACUGCAGAUUGUUAACAAAAUUAGGAUAACAGUAAUCGAACAGAUAGAAGAAGAAAAAAGACAUUCUCAGAUAAUGACAGAAUGAGUAUGUUUAUGAAUGUAAGUGUCCUUUCGGAUGUCAUAGGUCCAAUAGGUGAAACCUAUAUGUUUGUUUAUUUUUUAUCUCCACAAUUAAAUAACUGUGCUUGGAUUAAAAACCUAUGUGUGUCAAAGACACUUUGUAUCAAUACAAUAAAAUGUUGAUGCCGUUUGUA